GAUUCAUGGUCACUCAGCACUGGCCAGCCUGGUGAAGAAUUCCCCUUAUUUCUCUAACUUACCGUCACUUCCUGUUGAGUGUGUGGAGUUGGACGGUGAUGAAAAUACCUUGCCAAUAAUAUUUGAGGACAUUUAUCAUGAUGUCCCUGCACCUCCACCU